ACAUUUUGGAAUAAGAAGUAUCCUAGUAAUAUUUUUAGUGUAAACAAGAUUUUUUUAUUUAUUUUUGAAGAAAAUAUAGACUAGAGAUAAUCUUUUCUCACAACCAUAAACUUAAUUUCUCAACCGAGUAAACAUAAACAAUGCAUAUAAAAUCAACAAAUUUAUAAGAUAAUUUUUUUUUAAUAAAAAACAAAUCUUUCUGACAGCUCUAACCAGAUUGUUUAGCACAUUUUUAUGACACACCCCACCAAAAAAACAAAUAAAAAUUGACCCUUUCUUUUCCCUUCCUUAGCUUCCAUUAACAAUAUCAUUGUGGUUUUGUUCUUUCCAUUGACAUUGGUUUCACUUUUGGUGUUUUGUUGAAGGGUUUGUUUAAGGUUCCCCUCCUUAUACCUUAUUUGUAUUAUCUGUAACCAUUUUCAUACAACCUUAUUGUCUGGUUUCUUUCCGAAACCUAACAUGGUUUUUUUUCUAUCAAACCAAGUGAAAGAAAAAAAAAACAUUUAAUUAAGUUUUUUUUUUUUUUUUGUUGGUUUGUUUAUCCCUUUUCACCUUACAUUGUGUACAACCCCAAAAAAAUUACUAUUAGUUUCAUGCUUAAAACAUCAUAAAGAUUCAAUCUUUGAUGUGUUUUUGACAACAUAAAUCUGUGUUGAAUUUGAUUAACUUUACUAGAGUUAAAGGGUGUUUUCUUUGAGUGAUUUUAAGUGCUUCAAGAAAUUGUUUACCUUGCAAUUGUUCAAGAAUUGUGCUCUAUAUGUGACUAUAGAACUGUUGGAAACUGUUCCAUUUUGUUCUUUGUAGCUUAAGAUUACACAAAAUUGGUGUCUUCAUUAAGGUUUGAGGUUGAAUUAAGGAAGAAAAAGGUGGUUCAUUUGUAUAAGAAAACUGGGUUUUGUUUUAUUAUGUUGUUGAUCCCUUUGAGCUCAUUGAAAUUUUGGUUUUUUAUGGUUAUAUUAGUAAUAGGAGAAAAAUCAUAAUCUUUACUCAAAAGGGUUUUGGAAUUAUUAGUAUUGUGUAAGUAGAUUUGACUUUUGAGAGUGAUAUAAGAUCAGAAUAGAGUUUCUAUGAAGAGUGUGUAGUACUAGUAGUUGAUUGUGGUUGUUGAGACUUAAGAGGUUGAGAUUAAUUUGUGGUGAAAAGGGUUGACUUGAUUGAUAUGGCUGCAAAACUUCUGCAUUCUUUAGCAGAUGAUAAUCAAGAUCUGCAGAAGCAGAUUGGAUGUAUGACAGGAAUAUUUCAACUGUUUGAUCGUCAUCAGAUGCUCACAGCUCGUCGGAUUAGUCAGAAGAGGCUUCCUUCUGGUAAUUUGCACUUCAAUGAUGGCAGCUUCGAAAGAGAUUCUGAUAGCGUACAACAUCAACAACAAAUGGCAACUGAAUCAAGCUUAAAUAGAGGACUGAAUGAAAAGCAAAGAAUUUCGACAGAAUCAUCAAGAGCAUCAUUCUCUUCUUGUUCAUCAUCGGUGUCCUCUUUGGACUUUAAGCCUGAAGUAGAGACUUCGUUUGAAACUCCUACAAGGGACACAUUUAUGAACCAACCCGCUAUCUCUCCCCGUUUUGGACGUCACUCUCUUGACCUGCGCGAUGUGGUGAAGGAUUCUAUGUAUAGGGAUCCUCGAGGGCCGUCUGCAAAAUCUACAGCCAAAGAUCAAUCUUCCAUUCAUGGUGUGAAGCACAGGGAUUCUCCGCGACCUCUUCAGAUGUCGAAAUAUGUUGAUAGAUCUUACGGAGUUGAAAUAGACGAAAAGCAAAGUGUGCCUAUUGAUCUAAAGGAGUCGAUCCGAGUCCUUUCUAAACUUCGAGAAGCCCCUUGGCAUUAUGCAGAAAGUACUAGAGAACUUCCGAGAUCGUCACAUGAAGUAAGAGAUCAACACUGGAAUUCAGUCUCGAAGGAUGCUCCUUGGUUAGCUUAUGAUGGAAGAGAAACAAGUCGUUUAUCUUUUGAAUCGCGAGAGACAAUCAAAUCCACACCAAAGCUAAAAGAGUUUCCUAGGCAUUCACUGGAUAGUAAGGAUGGUUCGUGGCGCACUUAUAACUCCGAUUCAAAGCCUAGCAGCAUCUCAAGAAACGUUUAUGGUGCCACCUCUACCUCCAAUGAAAAACUCUCUAGUUUACAACAGUCUUCAUCAACACAGAAUCGGCUACCGAGUGUUGUUGCAAAGCUAAUGGGCUUGGAAGCAUUAGAUUCCUCUUCGGCCGGUGAUACUCAAUCAGGUUCAACUGAAACUUACUCUGUUCAAGAUAACAGCCAGUUUCCUAGACCAUCGAAAAAUGGAUUCAUUAGACCUCUUCGAGUGUCUAACUCUCCGAAAAUCUCAUUGAAAGAUCCAACUUCCCCUAGGCGGAAGAAUCCGGAGGUGGUUAUGAAACCGGUCUCCAGUUCAAAGUUUCCUAUUGAACCAGCACCAUGGAAGCAACAUGAUGCAAAUAGAAACUCUCAGAAACAAAUUUUAAGGACAACAAAAGUUCCAUUAAGAACACAAGAUUCAUUUCCUUCGGUUUAUAGUGAGAUAGAGAAGCGAUUGAAGGACCUUGAAUUCAAACAAUCCGGAAGGGAUCUUAGAGCACUAAAGCAGAUACUAGAAGCAAUGCAAGAAAAGGGACUGUUAGAGAGCCGUAAAGAAGAACAAGUUCCAAACGUAGUUGGAAGUCGAAGUGACUAUGAACCUAAAGCUACCAAUCUAAAUCAGAAUUCAAGAUUGGUAAAGCAACAAAAUCCUCAGAGAAACAAUUUUCUGUCUUCUACAAUCAAAGGAAAUGAUUCCGCAAGAGCCUUUGAUUCUCCAAUAGUGAUAAUGAAACCGGCAAAACUUGUGGAGAAAUCUGAGAUUUCUGCUUCUUCGGCUAUUCCAAUUGGUGGCUUUUCUGGUUCCAAUAAUAGAAACAACAUAGCAAAAGAACAGUAUCCAAAGAAUAUUCGGAGGGACGCUUCUCCAAGUUCCACCGAUAAGAAAACAAGUAUUACAAAGACUACUAGGUCUUUACAAUCUCAAUCAAGGUCAAACCAAUUUCCAAAAGAAAGCCAAAGUUCAGUGAAGAGUUCAGGAUCAGUGAGUCCAAGAUUGCAACAGAAGAAGUUGGAGUUAGAGAAGCGAUCUCGUCUGCCUACAUCGCCAUCAGAUUCAAACAAACCAAGAAGGCAAUCCGGUAAAAAGGCAGCCGAAUCAGUUUCUCCAAGUGGAAAAGUACGACACAAAACUGUCAACUCACAGCACAGCGAAGAGCAACUGAGUGAGAUAAGCAAUGAUUCUAGAAGUUUUUACCAAGGGGAUGAAACUUCUAUUCAAUCUGACAGCAUCACCGUUGACUCGAAAAUGGAUAUUGAAGUCACUAGUAGUUUACGGUCUUCUGAAAUUGAUGACAGCCAAAGUCCAUCCUUGAAGGCUAUGAAGAAAUUGGUUUCAGAAACAGUUCAGAAAAAAUCCACACCAAGGUUGGAUCAGGAUGAAACAAUCGCAGAACUUGCAUCUAUGGGGCCGGAACAUCCAAGUCCUAACUCCGUUCUUGAUGGAUCGGUAUACAAAGAUGACCUGCUGUCGCCAGUAAUGCAGACACCUGAAGAUUCAAAAGCUGGUAAUGCUGAAGAAUCGAAAGAUAAUGAGGUCAAAGAUCAAUGGAAGCCUGAUGACAACCUUUCGUUUAACAGCACGGGAUCUGGAGAGAUCAAUCGCAAGAAAUUACAAAGCAUAGAUCAUCUUGUUCAGAAGCUUAGACGACUGAACUCCAAUCACGAUGAAGCUAGAAACGAUUACAUUGCUUCCUUAUGCGAAAACUCAAAUCCAGACCACAGAUACAUAUCUGAAAUACUACUAGCCUCGGGUCUCUUACUCAGAGACCUGAAUUCUGAAUUUUUGACAUUUCAACUGCACUCGUCGGGUCAUCCUAUUAACCCGGAGUUAUUCCUUGUCUUGGAGCAGACCAAGGCAAGUAGUUUGCUUUCGAAAGAAGAAAGCAGCUUUGAUGGAAAAGCUACUUUCUCGAAGCAAACUACAGAGAAAUUUCACCGAAAACUCAUCUUUGAUGCCGUGAACGAAAUUCUUGUUGCAAAACUAGGUUACUCUCCUGAGCCAUGGUUUCAGCCAAUCAAACUCACAAAGAAAAACCUCAGUUCUCAAAAGCUUCUUAAAGAACUAUGCUUCGAGAUAGAAAAAGUUCAAGCCAAGAAAACUGAAUGCAGCUUAGAAGACGACGAAGAAGAUGAUAGUCUAAAAAGCAUGUUGUGUGAAGAUGUGAUACAUGGUUCAGUAUGUUGGGAAGAUUUCAAUGGUGAAAUACCUGGAAUUGUGUUGGAUGUUGAGAGAUUGAUAUUUAAGGAUUUGGUAAAUGAUAUUGUCAUCGGUGAAGCAUCUGGCUUGCGAGUCAAGUCAUCGGUUCGGCGCAGGAAACUAUUUGGAAAGUAGUUUGCUUCAUUCCUCUUCUUAAUUUCUCACUUAUAUUAGAAAUAUAUAUGUUUGUAAUUUGCAUAUAAGUUAUUUCCAGUGUCAAUGCAUUAUAGAGCUAUGAUUAUAUUUUUUUUGGCUAAGGUGUAAAGAGAUUUGGCUUACCAUGAAUUUAUGGAAUACAUACUACAUAAAAACUAAAAUUUCUUGUUGUAGGAAAAUAGGCGUGUAUAUUGACAAGGUUGUCAAAUGUUUGGAUAACUUUCUAUUCAAAUCUCAUACAUUCAAUAGAAUAAUAAUUGUUCCGGAGUGGACUAGGAGAUCGACUUUUGUGAGUCGAAACUCAAGUCAGUAUAUGUUUGAGAUUCUUUAACAGACACCAUAUAUUCAGCAAAACUUUAUGA